AUGGUUGAGUGUUGGUGGCUUGUUCCUGGUAGACCUAUGAAGAGUGGACUGCGAGCACUAAGUCAUGACAAAGAGUUAAUAGAAAUGUGCUUCUAUGCAAAGAACAAUGGGGGAAUAGUGCACAUAUACUAUGAGCAUGGAGUUUCCCAACCCCUGGUAGAGGAAGAAGCACCUGAAUUGAUGGAGCUAACACCCAAUGGCACUGGUGCAGAAAACGUUGUCAAAGAGACCACACCUAGCCCAAAGAAUGAUACACCAACCAUUCCAUCCCAUAUCAAAUCAUCCAUCAACAGCACAAGUGAAGGCCCUUCCAAAGAGGCAUCCAAGUCCCUACCAGCAUCUGCUUCCAUCCCCCUGGUGAAGGAGAAACCCAAACCAAAACCCGCACCUAAACCCACACCUAAGCCCAAGCCAGCAUCUAUGGAGAAAACUAAGCCUACACCUAAGCCUAAACCUACACCUAAGCCCAUACACAAACCAACACCCAAAUCAGCAUCCAAGCCCAAUCCAACACCCAAAUCAGCCCGCAAAUCUAAAGCCACUUCACCCAAAUCAAUUCAUACUGCAACUAGAUCCUCUGCUAGACUAAAAGGAAGAGUAGUGGGACAAAAACAAGAUACUGGCAGCAAGAAAAUCUAUAUAAGCCUCGAUGACAACAAUGACAGUGACAGUGAUUCACAUGACUCGUACGAAUCUGCAGAAGACAGCCUAUACAAGCCUGGACCACAAGACAGUUCUACUGAAUCAGAUAUUGAAGGUGGUCUUUCGGCAGCUAGGUUGAGGGAAUUUAAGUUGAAGCAUGCUCCAGGUGCUGCCUGGAAGAAGGGCAAGGAGAAAAUAGUAGAAGAAGAUGACGGUUUGGUUGUGGAGAAUUCCGAUGAAGAAGUAGAUUGGGCACAAGUGCUGGGCAACAGAGAAAACAACCAAGAAUUUUAUGAUGCAUAUGAUCCAAUUCACGAUGAUUCUGAUGGAAACGAUUCUUGGAAGUCUGAAGAAUUGAAAACCCCCCCAAACUCAGAUGAGUAG